GCACUCGUUGUUGAAUCCAAAGCUUCAAAUCUCAGACAACCCCCCUUCCCCAAUGCCGGACGUCGGGCUCGAGACCAGCGAUGCGCUGCGGUCGCUCUUCUGGUUUGUGAUUGUCGCACUAUGCUGGGGUGCAACCAAUCCAUUCAUGGCCGCGCGUUCUGCCGCGGAUCGUCCAACCGGUCAUCCUCACUUGAGCCGUGCUGAUGCUGCUGCUGUUGCUGCUGCUGCUGCUGCUGUUGCACGCCCGGCUGUCCGUCUAUCACUUUCACGAUGGCUAGCUGAGCAGUUCACCAACGCUGUGCUGCGGUGGCGCUUUAUCAUUCCGUUUGCAAUCAACCAGGCAGGCUCGCUGAUCUACUUUGUCACACUUGGAAGUGCUGAUAUCUCCAUGGCUGUUCCCAUCACAAAUUCGCUAACGCUGCUGUUCACGUCGAUCGCUGGCCGGCUGUUGGGCGAACCUGUUCGCAUGAAGGAAACCAUUGUUGGUGGUGCGUUUAUCACGAUUGGCGUUGCGUUGUGUGUCACAUCGCGAUAGUCCAGCUUUGAUUCCUGCUGUUGCGAAUUCGGGCUCAGCCCUGAUCGGUCUGCCUGUCGCCCUUUCACUGCGCUCUCAGCAAAGGACACUCGCACAUCCAUUCUGCUAUGCUUCAGUAGCAAUUUCAUGUCAAG